CCUGUGGGAUUCCACGGCUCCCACCACUCCCUUCCCGCAGCCGCCACCGCCCUUCCGUUUCCUGCCCCAGUACCAGCCUAACCCGGCAGAAGCCAAGGCCAAGCAACCAGCACACCAAGCAAGCUCACAAGCCAGAACCUUCUUCUCUCAUCGAUCAAGAACAGUCGGGAGCGCGAGCAAAAUCAGUUCGAUCCGGCGGCCGUUGCAAGAACUUGCUGUGGUGGUUAAUUUCGGGGGGAGACGACGACGGCGACACCAGGAGCUCCCCGCUUCCCUUCGGCAACCGAGGUGGCAGCGGCGCCGGCGGGAUUAUGGGCCUUUUGGCGGUGAGGCGAAACCCGCCGCUCUUCUCCAAGUCGCCGGCGUCCCUUCUGCUGCUCUCCAAGCUGCUCACCCUCUACUGCUGAGUUCUUCUUUUCUCGGUCGAGUCAUCCAUGGGCGCCGCUGCCUCCUCGACGGCGAGGCGGGGCGGGGCGACGGGGCUGGGGGACCUGCCGGAGAGCUGCAUCGCCGAGGUGAUGCUCAGGCUCAACCCGACGGAGAUCUGCGGGAUGGCGCGCCUCAGCCGCACCUUCCGUGCCGCCGCGUCCGGGGACGGCGUCUGGGAGGCCAAGCUGCCGCGCAACUACCCGCGCCUCCUCGCCGCCGCCGGCGCAGGCGGUGGCGACGAGGAAGCCGCUGCGUUGGAUGCUGAGGCCAUCCCCAAGAAGGAGGUGUACGCGCGGCUCUGCCGCAGAAACCGCCUCGACGGCGGCACCAAGGAGUUCUGGCUAGACAAGGCUGGUGGAGGCACCUGUAUGACAAUCUAUUCGAGGGCGCUUUCGAUCACGGGCAUUGAUGAUAGGAGAUACUGGAACUACAUUCCAAAUGAUGAAUCAAGGUUCCGUUCGGUUGCUUAUCUCUCGCAAGUUUGGUGGUUUGAAGUCAGAGGAGAGACCGAGUUCUGCUUCCCAGAAGGUACUUAUAGCCUGUUCUUCCGAGUUCAUUUGGGCAGACCUUUCAAGCGGCUCGGUCGCCGGGUUUAUAGCGCAGAGAACAUCCACGGCUGGGACAUAAAGCCGGUGCGCUUCCACCUGUUGACUUCGGACGGGCAGCAGGCUCAAUCCAAGUGCUAUCUAACUGAUCCAGGUGUAUGGAUCAACCAUCAUGUCGGCGAUUUUGUCGUGAAGAACUCAAAUGAACCACUGAAUAUCCAGUUUGAAAUGGUUCAGAUAGACUGCACACACACUAAAGGAGGUCUUUGUGUCGAUUCGGUGGUUGUAAGACCUCAAUACCUUGCGCGAAAAAAGGGACCUCGGAAUUAUGAGUAGAUUUGCCGAACAGGUUAAGCUGGAUACCUAAGAAACAAUAUGGUUUUGUUUCUUUCUGUCGUCUUGCAGUCGUCGACGUUUUUCGUCCUGUAAUGUAUGCAAUUGAAGGGAUGAGUGAUUUUUAUUUACUUGUCCCUCUAGGAGUAUGCCCCAGUUGUAAACUGUGAGUUCACUGACUCGUGUACAUGCUUGCUUUUGAUAUGUUGUGUGGCACCUGAUCCUUGUGUACCAAAGCUUGGUUGAUUCAAGUUUUCGUCAA